AUGGCUGCGUUGAUUGUUGGCGAAGUCGAACAACUUAGCAAAGAUAGAGAUAUUAUUAUGGAGAGUCAAUCUAGAAAGCUCCAGUGGAUUGAUAUUUUUCAUCCAUCUUAUUUAGCCUUGCAAUAUCCAUUGUUGUUUCCGUAUGGAGAGGAUGGAUUUCGUUUGGGUAUUGCAACAUCAGAUUCUAUCUCUGCUAGGCCUACAAAAAAAAACAAAACAAUCACUUUGCGACAGUUCUUUGCUUUUCGACUACAGAAAAGGACGGGUGAAUCUCCGUUAAUUUUGAGAUCAAAGAGAUUAUUCCAACAGUUUCUGGUAGAUGCCUACACAAUGGUGGAAUUAGAGAGGUUAAAAUUCUUUAGGUGUAAACAACCACAGUUGAGGGUUGACAAAUAUAAAUGUUUGCAUGAAAGUCUUAUAAACGGGGAUGUAGAUGUUUCAAGGCUUGGCAAAAGAAUCAUUCUUUCCAAUACUUUUACCGGUGGACCUAGAUAUGCAGGAUAUCCUAGCUAUUUUAUCACCAUGACCUGUAACCCUGAAUGGGAUGAGAUAAAAAGAGAAGUGACUCCCAUUGGAUUGAAGGCAGAAGACCGUCCUGAUAUAUUAUGUCGAGUUUUCAAGAUCAAGUUUGAUGGUUUGAUUGAUGACCUAAAAGAGGAAAAAAUCUUUGGCAAAAUUUUGGGAUAUGACAUAGACAAACAUAUAACAGCUGAGAUUCCUGAUGAAAAUGAAAGGCCAAAUCUACAUGGAGCUUUUCAAAAUUACAUGGUACAUGAUCCAUGUGAUCCGCGUACUGAUAACGGUCGAAUAGUGAAAAAAAGGGAAUGUGUACUAGACAAUAAAUUCAUUGUUUCGUAUAAUCCAGAAUUGUUGCUCAAGUUCGGGUGCCACAUAAAUGUGGAAUACACAUGCCAAACAAGUUCUAUUAAGUAUCUGUUUAAGUAUGUACACAAGGGUAAUGACCGCGUAACAACUACUCUAUACAAUGUUGGUGAUCCGUCAGAAGCCACACAAGUUGUUGACAAAAUUAGGAAUUACUAUGAUUUUAGGUACAUUUUGGCAUGUGAGGCAGUCUGGCGUCUAUUUGGAUAUGAAAUCCAAGAGAAAGAAGUAUUUGUGAUUAGACUUUCAUUCCAUUUGGAGGAUAAGCAACUUGUGGUUUAUGGUAAAAAAUCUAAUGUGAAUGAUAUCGUCGAAAGAGCAAUAUCUCAUAAGUCCAUGUUUUUGGGAUGGAUGGCGGCGAACAUGUCAUAUCCCUAUGCUCGAAGUCUGACUUAUGCUGAGUUUCCAACCAAGUUUGUUUGGAAGGACGAUUCUUCAAAGUGGUUUUCUCGAAAGAAAAGCUUCACAAUUGGAAGGUUGACUCAUGUACCUGCAGAGUUAACAAUGUCAGAUGAUGAGAUUAAGCAAUUGUGCUUAAUGGAUAUAGACAAGAUCUUACAUUCCUAUGGUAAAACCUUGAAAGACUAUCCUCCUAUGCCUUUAGCAAUUGAAGUUGAUAGUUCUUUGUUAACCGAAAAGAUUAUUAGGGAAGAGCUAAACUUUAACAGGGAUGAUUUAAAGAAAAAUGCCUCAGACAUGUUAGCCAUCGCAACACCUGAGCAGAGAUAUGCAUUCGAUAAAAUUGUUACAGCUGUGUAUUGUGAUGAAGGGGGUUUUUUCUUUGUAUAUGGUCAUGGGGUGCUCAAACUAACAAAAAAUAUGAGACUCUCUGUAGGGACGACUGCUUCAGAUCAAGAUGAGACAGAACAAUUUGGUGAGUGGUUAUUGAAAGUUGGUGAUGGUCUAAUAGGUGACAAUAUGGAUGGUUAA